AGGAAGCUAAAUUUAUUAACAUGGCUGAUGAAGAGGUUAACGGAGACACUGAUGAUAUCCAACAUGAAAAGGAUAAGACCCAAAAGAAGGCUGCAAAAAACGAUAGUGGUGUAGCUGACUUAGAAAAAGUUACUGAUUAUGCCGAGGAGAAAGAAAUAUCAUCACAAGAUAUAUCUGGUGCACUAUCUUUAAUUGGUGAUCGUAGAAAUAAAGAAGCAGCAGAAAGACUCGAAAAAGAAAAAGAACUUCAAAAAAUCUCAAUCAAAAAGGAUGAUAUAGAAUUAAUACUAAAAAAAAUGGAAAUCUCUCGAACAUUAGCUGAAAGAACUCUACGAGAACACAGGGGUGACUUGGUGGCGGCACUUAUAACACUAACUAAUUGAUAACGACAUGUACAUAUGUACAUUUGUAAUAGAGUAUUUUUCAAUCUCUA